AUGACCAUGCUCCCUACAGUCUCAACCACCCAGACUCAGAGAGUGUUCCCGGCGACGCCAGCUAGUUCAGAGGCUGUCGUUCCCUUAUCGCUCCUCGACGCGACGACGGCGAAUUUCGCCCUCACGAGUGCCACUUGGAUUUUCGAGAGCCCCACUGUCGAGCUUUCGCAACUUCUGCCGCUCCUUCACCAGUCGCUCCGCACCACCCUCUCAUCAUAUCCGCAACUAUGCGGCCAGUGCAGGGCAUUUAGCAGCGUCGACGGCCUGGGUCCGGCGGGCGACGAUAAGAUUGCGAGCAGGCUGGCGCCGCACGCCCGGCGAUUCGGCCGCGUCUACGCCCAUUUCGGAACAGACCAGGACCCUGGCGUCAAGCUGAUCACGGCGGCCAGCUCGGCUACCGUCGACCAUCUCCACCCCGCCGACCGGGCAAAGCGGCUGGCUCUGUGGGAGCGCAGCAAAGGCCCGCUCAAGGCCUUCUCGCCCGCCACAACCAUCGCUCACGCGCUCCAGCCGAACGAGCCCGACGCAGAUGGCGCCCGCAAGCCGCUGCUCGCGAUCCAGAUCACGGAGCUGGCGUGCCGGGGGCUUGUCCUGUCAAUCAAGUGCGCGCACCCCAUGGUAGACAUCGCGGCCCUGGUGUGCUUCGUCAAGGACUGGGCUAGCGUUAGCCGGGCGAGGCUGGUGGGCAAGGCCGUCCCGGUGCUGCGUCCCGUCUUCGACCCCGCGCGUGUCGACGCUUUGGCCGCCGGCGACAUCAACGCCGAGCAGCCGGACCCGGACAUCAUCGACCGCGCCAUGAAGCUGCCCAUGAACCGCUUCGAUUGGUGGGCGCCGUCGGAGGGCUGUCCGUGGCCGAGCACCGUGCCAAGUGCCUUCCAGGGCCGCGACCUGCCGCCGGCCGGCUCGGCGAUGCCGUGGGCCGAGUGGGACGUCCACGCCCCCGUCUCGAGCUACAUUGUUCACCUCAGCCGAGAGCAAGUCGACUUUCUCUGGGGCCGUGCUACUCAAGCCCAGCCGGCGGGCGUGAGGAUCAGCAAGCACGACGCCGUUCUCGCCCAUCUCUGGUCGUGCGUCGUGCGCGCUAGGGAUCUCGAGGGCGACGACACCAGCCCCGUGCACUGCGACCUCGUGCUCGGUCUUCGGCCGCCCCUGCAGCUCGGCGACACAUUCCUCGGGUCGCCCGUCGUGAUGGCCAACAUCGAGAUGGCGGGCGCACAGGUCUGCGGCGACGUCGGGGCCACGACCCGGCGCAUCCGAGACACGAUCGCGCUCGGCGGCAGCCGCGACGGCCUGGCCGCCCACCUGCACGGCGUGGCGUUCGAGAAGUCGCCCCAGCGCAUCUGGCAGGCCUUUCUGGGCCGGCGCCACCUGCUCGUGACCACGUGGGCCCGCGCUGGCAUCUACGAGGUGGACUUUGGCUUCGGCUCUGUCCUCCGCUAUGCCGACGGCAUCGUGCCAGACAUGGACGGGUGCGUCCUCAUUAAGGAGGCGCCGCCUGCGCCCGCUGCAAAGCAUGGCGCGCUAUCUGGCGCAAAGCCGGCGUGGACUGACAGCGGUGUCGACAUCUCGAUAGCGCUGGGCGAGGAGGACAUGCAGCGGCUACUUGACGAUCCCCUGCUCCUCCCCGUGAUGCCGGUCAACUUGAAUUAA